UACCACACGUACAUGUCAUGGAGCUGCUGAAAGGGGGAGAACUGCUGGGCAGAUUGCGGAAGAAAAAGUUUUUCACAGAGACGGAAGCGGUAGAGUUCCUGCACAGUCGAGGGGUGAACCUUCUCUUUGAGGACAACUCAGACAAGGCUGAGUUGAAGAUUGUAGACUUUGGGUUCGCUGCCCUGAACCCCAAGAAUGAGACUAUGAUGACCCCGUGCUUCACGCUGCCCUACAGUGCCCCAGAGGUGCUGAAACAGAUCACCAGUCGCAAGGAUGGCUACAACGAGAGCUGUGAUCUCUGGAGCUUAGGUGUUAUUUUGUACUCAAUGCUCUCUGGCAAGGCCCCUUUCCAGGAGUCAGGUGAGCCUGCCUCAGCCUUAAACAUCAUGCAGCGAAUCAAGGAGGGCGAGUUUGAUCUGUCCGGACCUGAAUGGGCAGAUGUCUCUAAUUCAGCAAAACAGCUGAUACGAGGUCUGCUGACAGUGGAACCAAAGAAACGUCUUCGGAUGCAUGAUCUUCUUCGGCACAAAUGGCUGCGCAAGAACAUGUCCAACACGCCACUGAGGACACCUGGUGUGCUCAACUCUCACAGCAAUGUUGUUCAGGACCAGAUCAACAACACUAUGGAAGCAUUCCACCAGGCAACCAGAGAUGGUUUCCGUCUCCAGGAAGUGGCUACUGCACCCCUAGCAAAACGUCGGAAGCAGAAGAAGAACUCUGUGGACACCAGAAGUAGCUCAACAGACAGUAAUAACUCCAGCUCUACCACAUCAUCGCACGGGGCUGCUCAAUCCCCGGCCAGACAGUCCCCGGUGAGAGCCAUAUCCAGAAACUCUAGCACAUCGAGCAUCUCCCAGAGCUCUGUGUGCAGCACAGGAUUUGUGCCGACAACCCUGAACAUCAGCCCAUCCCCACUGGCCUCAUCUUCUUUGUCAAAGAGAGCAACACCAGAAGUGUCUCAGGGCUCGUUUAGUGGGUCUUCUUUGACCCCAUCUUCAGCAGCUUCGACCAGUAGUGGAAUCGUAGAAAGCGCACCGUUUACAAACUCUCCAUUUUGCGCUGAAGCUCAGGGGGAGACAACUCCGUUGUCAGUUAUUCACAUUCCAUCAGUGGACGGAGUAGGUGGAGGCGAAGAGCCCAGCGUUGACAGACAUCCCUUCACAGCGAAAGGAAAACGUGCCAAGAAAAACACUAACAACAACAGUAUACCUCCAUUUCGACUCACCCGUGGGUUCAAGAGAAAAAUGGAUGAAAAAGCCGACCACCUCGUGGGUAAUAAUAACGAUGAUGAUAAUAAUGACCAUGUUGUUGACGAUGAUUGUGAUGAGGAUUGCGUGAUUGUGGAGAAGAAUUACCCGUCUCCCAGACACAGCCGAAGUGCUUUCAAACGAUUGAAGUCGGAAACAAUUGUGAUAGACUAA